UCAUUCGACACAUGUAUACCUUGUACCUUCCUAGAGAUUAUACGUGUCAAUUUCUACUUCAUAUCCCCUUAAAAUUAUCACAUUUUCCCCCACUUUCCCAAUUUUAUUCCCUUUUCUUAAGGUUUAGUUUGGUUGAUUAAUAGUUUUUGAUUGAUAAAAAUGGCUCAUGAAGAACAAAAACCAGCGAUCACCAUAGGAGAAGCUUUAGAGGUGGUUGCUAAUAUUGUUGGGAAUAAACCUGUAGAUGAGAGCGACGCCGCCGCCAUACAAGCCGCCGAGAUGAGGGCUACUGGUGCGACGGCACCGCCUAUUUCGGGUAUUGGAUUACAAGCUCAGGCUGCUGCUAUGGUUAAUGCUCGUAGGAUUUAUGAUCAAGAUAAAACUACUCUCGCUGAAAUUAUUGGCGAUGCGACGGAGAAGCUAGAGAGUGACAAGCCGGUAACGUUGCGGGAUGCAGAGAAGGUGAGAGCGGCAGAGCUACAAGGAGAUGUCGAAGGCCUCAUCGGCAGUCACUGUGACGCCCCUAAGGAGACCGUCACUCCUGGUGGCGUUGCUGAGGCUAUCUCUACGGCGGCUACACUUAACCAAUCUUAGCUCUUAAGGCUUAAGGUGCUUGUUGUUUCUAGAGGUCUAUUAGGAUAGUUGGUUUGUUCAUGGUUGGCUUGCAUUGUUUUGUUCUUGCGUAGAGGAAGGAUUCUCUGAUGUUGUGCAAUUUUCUUGUUUGGAUUCUUCAAUUCGAUUUAAGUACUUGUAUCGGAUGAUAUCGGACCCUUGACAUUUAGAGGUUAUGAUUCUUGGAUACUUUGAGAUUUGAGAUUUUCUUAUGAAGGGAGCUUAGGUGUCACUAUAUGAUUAAAAGGUUAGGGGAUGAAUCGUGUAAGUAGUUUUGCAGAGAUGUCAUCUUUAUGUAGGAUCCUUUUUCUGACCUAUGCGUCGCAGGAAUGUUUGGUGCACCAAGCUAUAAAAUAGUCAUGUCUUGAAUACGUAUUAAAGUCGAACAUGAAUAUACAAUCAUAAGUAUUUAAAACACUUGAAGCAUGAAGAUGCAAUAAUCUUUGGUCUUAUGGUACUAUUACUCAAGCUUGGUAUAUUAUUACUUAGAUAAAAUAAAAGAUUCGAUGUUAUUUGUAACUAUAGUGUUACUGGUUGGUAUUAUCUCAUAUAUUAUGUGUUCUAUUAUUCGAAAAUUGGUUUCAA